GAGAGAAAUUGAUUAAGGUAGCUUCAAGAUUGAGAAGGAAGGAAGAAAGAAGAUGGGGAGGGGAAAGAUUGCGAUUCGUAGAAUCGACAAUCCGACGAGCAGGCAAGUGACUUUCUCGAAAAGGAGAAGUGGGUUGCUCAAGAAGGCUAGGGAGCUCUCAAUCCUUUGUGAUGCAGAAGUUGGAGUAAUUAUCUUCUCCAGUAAUAGCAAGCUCUACGAUUAUGCAAAUACUAGUAUGAACUCAGUGAUUGAACGCUACAACAAGGUCAGAGAGGAACAAAAUCAACAGAUGAAUCCUGCUUCAGAAAUCAAGUUUUGGCAAAGGGAGGCUGCAAGCUUGAGGAAGGAAUUGCAAUACUUACAAGAAUGCCAUAGGAAAUUGAUGGGAGAAGAGCUUUCUGGUCUGAGUGUCAAAGAUCUAAAAAAUUUAGAAAACCAACUGGAGAUGAGCCUGAAAGGUGUUCGGAUGAAAAAGGACCAAAUUUUAACAGAGGAAAUCAAGGAACUGAACAGAAAGGGAAACCUCUCUUAUGAAGAAAACCUAAAACUGCAUGAGAAAGUUGACCUCCUCUGUCAAGAAAAUGCAGAAUUACAUAAAAAGGCCCAUGGAAAAAGGGAUGCAAGUGAAGCAAACAAAAGUUCCCACCCACCAUACACUUUAAGCAAUGGAUAUGACUUGCAUGCCCCAAUCCACCUCCAGCUGAGCCAGCCACAGCCUCAUACCAGUGAAUCACUACCAACGUCAACGAAACUUGGACUACAACUGCAAUACCAAAGCAGUUAACGACCACAGUGACUUUGUUUCAGAGUUGAAAAGGCCAAACUUCUACAUGAUGAGAUCUUGUAUGUCAGCUAUUAGAAGUAUCUUCCAGCAUCAAGACAAUCACAUUUGGUAUGAUACUUUAUGUAAAAUAGGCUUUAGAAAUUGUUGUAAAAUUAUUUGCCAGACCUCCUAUCAACUAAAAUUAUGCAAUAAUUAAGGGUUUAAUGUCUUAAAAAUUAGUUGUGAUCAAUGAAACUGAACUGCU